UUUUUCUCAAUUAAAUUAGAUUUUAGCUGUUUCGUUUUUUUUCCUGUUGAGAAGAAUCACAAUAAGAUUGAAAUUGAAAAAAAUAAUGUGGUGUCAGGUUCAAGCCACAUCAGCCAUCAAUGGACAAGGAUGUCCAUUGGUACGUAGUAAACAUGCAAUGUGUUCAGCAAACGAUGGUUGUAUCUAUCUUUAUGGUGGUAAAUCAUUAUUAAAUCAAACAUUACGUGACUUGUGGCGUUUUGAUCCAAAUACAAAUCAAUGGAAACAACUAAAUAAUAAUAAUAUAAUGAUGAUGAUACGUAAUAAUGAAAUGUGUAAAUCGAUUAAUGGUUGUACAUCAUCAUCAUCAUUGGCUACAGAAGUAGCCACCACCAUAUCUACUACGAAUCAAAUAUGUCAAUCGUGUCGAUCUACUGGCCAAUGGCCUAAUGAAAAUCAUCAUCAAUCAUCUUGUUGGGAUGCUAUCAACGAUUCUCCACCGCCUCUUCAAGAACAUACUAUUCUAAAUUAUCAAGACAAACUAUAUGUUUUUGGUGGUGAAAUUGGAUAUUCUUGUGAUGAAACACCAUUGUGGAUUUUUGAUUUAGAGACAUAUGUUUGGAAAAAAUUUUCUAUCAAUUCUAGUCAUCAUCAUCAUCAUCAUCAUCAUCAUCAAGCUAUAGCAAGACCAUUAGGACGAAGAGGACAUUCAGCUGUUGUAUAUCAAAAUAUUAUGUGCAUCUAUGGUGGUUAUCAAGACAUUAAAGGAUCCACUUCAGAGAUAUGGACUUUUAAUCUAGAUACGGAAGAAUGGUAUCUAGAGGGAACUAAUUUUAAAAAAGAUUCCUCACCACUACCAAGACAUGGACAUUCUGCUGUUGUUUAUAAAGAAUAUAUGUAUGUUUAUGGUGGUAUGAAUAAUCUGAAUGUUCGUAAUGAUUUUUGGAGCUGGAAUUUCAAAACAAAAGAAUGGAAUCGAAUGAAAACAAAUCGAACGAAUCCUGGUGUACGAUCAUUUCAUAGCGCAAUCGUUGUAUUAGAUUCAAUGUUCAUCUAUGGUGGUGAACGUUCAAAUGGAAAUCAUACAAAUGAAUUAUGGAGAUAUCGAUUCGCUAAUCAAACUUGGGAACAUAUAGAAAUCAAAGGAAUAGCACCAAGUUGUCGUACAAGACAUGUAGCUAUAGCGAAUCCUUUUUUGAAAGAAUUGGAACAUAAUAAUAAUGUUCAUCAUCAUCAUCAAUGGCAACAACAGCAUUGGAUUGGUUGUAAAAAACAAAACACUAUUAAACAGCAGCAGCAGCAACAACAACAACAACAACAACAACAACAACAACAGCAAAAGCAUAGACCACAAACAACUGCCGCCAUCGUUGAAACCACUUUUGUUGAAUCAACAGAAUCAUCAUCCGAUAAUCAAGUAAAAUCAAUAUCAAUGUGUUUCAAUUCAACGGAAAAAUCUCCAUCAAUUUUUUCAUUUAUUGACGACGAUAAAAAUCAAGUCAACAUUUCUAAUGAUGAUGAUGAUGAUAAUUUGAUGUUGGAAAAACGACAACUUUUAUAUUCAACUAAUCAACAACAAAAUCAGGAAAUUUCCAAUCAAGAAAACAAUCCAAACAUAUUGAACAAUAACCAUAUAAUCAAACAUAAUGAUGAAAUGAAUUCAUUGUUUAUGGAAAGAAAAACUGCCAUGGUUAAAAUGCGUCCACGACGACCACUACUACAGAAACAAAGGCCUUAUUCUGAUUUUUAUGGUACGGCAAUUUCAUCACAAAAAGAUGAUUUCGAUUUUAAUGAGCUUAAUGAAUUGAGUGAAUUUAAACGCCGUUCCGUCCAAGAAUCAAUGUCUUAUUAUAGUUUAUGUUUUUCAACGCCUCCAUCACAUCUAAGACAAAAACCAUCGCCUUCAUUUGCAUUAAGCAUAGCAGCAGCAGCAGCCAAUUCAAUUCCAACAAAUGAUAAUCGAAUGAUUCACAAUGUUACAGCAUCAGAAUCUUUGAUGGAUAAGUUUGAUUCGAAAAAAUCCGAUGAAUUAGAUUCAAAUGCUAAUGCUAAUAAUCCGGUUACAAUAAAAAGAAGAGAAAAUUUUGUAUCAAAACGUCGUCUACGAAAAAAUGAUCUCGAACUUUUAGAUAUAUCUUCAUUAGAGAUACGUAAUAAUCCACCUAAAGAUUUGGCCUAUAGUACAGCAUAUUCCUUAACGUUAGACAUAUCACCAGAUUUUGAAAAAGAAUUAAAAUUCAAUUCAAAUUCAUCGCCUUCAAAUGAACCGAUUAGUAUAUCAUCGUCAUCAUCAUCAUCAUCCACUGAACAUUCGGAAUAUGAAUGUAUGGAAAUGACACAUCUAGAUAUGUUAGAGGAUUAUUUAGAACCAGAAGAAAUGUUAGAAAUAGUUACUGAAUCAACGAGCGGUGAAGAGAUAAGUCCUUCAUUGAAUAUCAAGACAAUCCAAAAAACACCAGCUAUUCGACGAAAGAAUUAUAAUAAUAACAAUAACAGUGGAAAAAGUCCGAAUAAUGACAAUUCGAAUAAUGGAAAAAUUCAACAUCAAUCAUCCGUAACAUCGGUUUCAAAUUCUUCAUCCGGUUAUCAAUCAUUAAUUUCUGCCGAUUCAAAUGCGAAUAGUUUUGAUAUCAAUUCUAAUCCAUCCAUUUCGAAUUCAUCAUCAUUUGGUGAACAACAACAACAACAACAAAACGGAAAGAAAGUUAAUGAAAAAGAUUUUGAUCAUUUAACCGUUCAGAAAUUAGUCACUAAACUUAAUGAUUCGUUUCAUCGUAAAAAACAAUUUAAAAUUGAAUCCAAUGAAUUGAAACAAAUGGAAAAAUCAUCAACAACAACCAAAGAAGAUAAUGGUAUGAUGAAAAUAUCAGAAAGCAAUGGUAAAAUACGAUCAAAUCAUCAUCAUAUGAAUCGUUUAUCUAAUUGGGAACCAAACAUAAAAGAAGUAAUUGAAGAAAUUAUCAACAUUCCCGGUUCACCAUUGGUAUUGAAUUCGGAUCCAGCCUUUUUACUGGAUCAUCAUGAUGAUGAUAAUGAUGAUGAUGAUGACGAAGAUCAUGAUCAUAAUGAUGAUAAUCCUAAUUUAAAAAUUUUAGAUCAUCAUGAACGAAAUGAACACAGAUCAUCAUCAUUAUUAUUAAAUCGAGAAACGGCAAAAUCGACAAUCGUCGUUGAUUUAUCCAUAGAUCGUCGUCAACAUCCAAUAUUCUGUAUGUAUGUAUUUGGUGGCAAAGAAGAUUGUAUCACUGGUGUACUGAAUAAACAAUCAAUGACUAUUUGGAAAUAUUAUACAUAAAUAAAUGGAGAAACCAAA